GAAUGAAAUUAUUUUUAAUAAAUUCUCUUUCGAAUUUAAAGCUACAGAGGUCCACAUAUUGGCCAUAUUUCCUGGUAACACAUCCCGUGUGUGGCCUCAGGGUCUGUCCCCAUGUGAGGAGAGUCGACUAUUUAUAGCAGGCUGCAACCGGCUGGGAAGAAACAUGAGCUGUUUUAGUCAAUGCCUGUCUGCAUGGGGGUAAACUGUUAGAACAACUGUGCAAUACUACUGCAGACUGUACACGGCCGACACACUGUUGCCCAUAAGUGUACAUCUAGUACAUCAGCAUGUGUUCAUGUUUUAGAAGACUUCUCGAGUCUUAGAAUAAUAAGUGUCCUUCAGCGCUAUCUGUUCGAGUCAUCUGAAGCAGCAAACACACUCGACCAGGAUGGGAGAGAGCACGGUCAGACAGUGGAGCAGUUAUGACGUGCAGGCAUGGCUACUGAGUCUCAAUAUACCAUGUGAUGCCCCCUUGUUGCAGGCCGUAGAUGGCAAGUUCUUGUACCAGCUCCACUCCCUUCGAGCUGAGGCACCAGAAUUCUUUUAUCAAUGUCUUCGGAGAGACCUUGGCUUUGUAGACCUACGAGACCUUCUGAACUUUGCAGGCGCACUGAAGAGUCUCCUGGCACAGGAUUCUGCCUCUGCGCAUGCCCCAAGAGAUGUGACCAUAGACACUGAUCAAAGGACAUCUUCUCCUGAGGUGGAUACACCUGUACCAUCCAGCAAAGAAGCCAAAAUGACUGCAGCUGUGACAGAGGAGAAUUUAGCUUCUGAGCAAGAAUCUGGGACUGGUAAAGCCUCUAUACAGGACACCCCUGGUGCUAAGGAAGAGAUAAUUCCUCCGGAGCAGAUGACUACUCCGGAGCAGAGUGUUCCCCCUCCCCUUACAACACAAGAGGAAGGCCUAGGUGCUAGAGCAGAAUCACCUGCACUGACAGCUGCUUUACAGGGCCUCCCACCUGUUACAGCAGGUGCCUCGGCUUCACCUGUACCAGAGGUGUCGUCUGCAGAAUUUGCUGCCAUCCUGAAAAGGGAGCUGGCGGUCGCGCUGGAGCGUACGUCCCGAGGCUCCCCCUCCCCCCCACCUACACGCCAACAGGACGAGUCAAAAGACAAGGGAAAAGAUGGAAAACACUGAGAAGACGUUAUCCACCUGUAAAUCACUAUAUUCGCGGUAGCAAAAUUUCGUGGUCUGUGAAAAAUGGACAUGUUCACAGAACUAUGUGUUUGCAGUGGCGGCAGGUACAGAAGAAAGAAAGUCGGCAAAUUGUUUUGGUAAUGAUUAAUUCGCCGUACACAAUUGACCACGAAAACCCUGGAUACAAAAGUGCCACAAAUUAAAGUGAUUUACAGUAUCCACGUCAAGGAUACAACGGGCAAAUCUGCUGUUGCUUUUUCGUGAAACCCCCUUACGCACCCACACACAAGACCGACACAAGCUGGACCACGGGCAUUAGUUUUCUUCAGUGUUUUUACCCCGCUUAUAUCAGAAACCAAUUAUUUACUAUCGUGUCCAAAAUGCACCCUUACUUUCCCACUAUUUCCUACCAUGAGAAAACAAUUUUACUACUAUGAUAAUCAAAGAAACCACACAUUAUAGAAGUGGGUAAAUUAAAUUUGUCUUCCACUGCCUCAAAAGAAGUCAAUUUGA